AUGAAGCCGUACCAGAGGUCCGGCGUGUGCCGCAUGUCUCCGAUUCCGCACUCUGGAGCACUGCAUGUUUCCCGAGAAAUUACUGCUGGUCUUGUGACUGAAUCCCAAUCUUUGGGCCCACCAAAUGUGCUCUCACCGCUCGAGGAUCCCGCUCAGCAAAUGCUCGGCCUCGAGGGGAAGAACGAUCUCGACUCGCCCCUCCGCCACCAUCUUGGCCCCGCUCCCCUGACUGGUCCUUUGCCUCAUCCGCCCUCCGGCCUUCCCUAG